AUGUCUCUAGACCAGAACGGGUUUGCUGCUCACCAUCCCGCGUCGUCAAUCAAUGAUCCUUUACUGGAGCCCUUCAAUGUCUAUGUGCGUCCAUCGACGAGUGGCAAUCGGCUGGACGAGGACCUGUGCAAGGAGGGCAGCCGCCCGCUUGCGGUACAUAUCUAUAUCGACCUCCCUGUGAGAGGCAAGCCCGAUGCUACAAGGUUCCUCGGGCUCGUGGAUCGCUUAAUCGAGGAACGAGAACGUUGGACCAUACUACGAAUUUCCACAAUGAUCUAUGAUAACCGCGAAAUUCUCAAGUCUAUCCUGGACCGGCUGGCUUUCAUCGAGCUGCCCAAGUUGGAAUUUCUCUCCAUAAAUGGCCCAGUCGCAUCAGCGACUCCCAGCUUUUCUGAGAAACCGUUGUCUAGGGCAAUUGUGCUGCUGGGACAUGGAGCACCUGCUCUCAAGAAAGUUAUCCUAAAGGUGCCGGGUUGGAGACUGCACCUAAUUGGUCCUACCUAUCCUGCUCUGCGCGAGUGCCGGAUAUUGAUGGCGGAUUGCGAGAUCAAAUCUCUACGGCAAUUCGCUGCAGCGACACCAGAUCUCACGCACUUGAGGUUGCACGGUGUACGCGAACCGUCGUCACAGCUUGUUGACGCGCUGUUCGCGGACGACUGCGCGCACCAUCUUCCCAAGAAGGCCAUUUCGUGGCCUGCGCUGAGUGAGCUUCGCCUCACCAAUCAGCGUACGAACGCUAUUGUCCUCCGUCUCCUGCGUGCACCGCUUCUGGAAAAACUUCAGAUUGACGGAGCGUCGAUUGCACCUGGCGAUGCUCACCUUGCAGAGCGGUACAUCAAAGCAUUGACUGACCAUGAUCGUGAGGGGGACUUGGCCAAAUUUCCCAAUAUUUGCGAGCUGUGGCUCUCAGGGGCCUACCCUGGCUCAGAGCAAGAUUGCCCGAAUGCCUUGUUCAGAUGUGAUCUGCUAAGGCGUUUGCUGAGGUUGUUGCCGAAUGUGGAGCAUGUCGUCCUCGCCUACAGAUACAAGGAUGUAGAUUGGUUCGCAGCAAACCUACAUCAGAGUGCGUGCCUGGAUAUAUUGCCUAAAGUGAAGGCGGUUUCCUUCAAGGCAGGAUUCAGUGCAUUCAACAUUUUCGCGUUGUCUGCUUUCGCCUUCGCAAGAAAGAACACAAAAUACCGAUUGGAGAGAGUUAAUCUGCCCAUCGCAGGCCUCGGAAAUGGUGGCGCCUUACUGAACAGAGGGGUGAAACUAGUGUUCGACGAAGGCCCUGUCGAGCUCAUGCGCAACUUCGAAGGAGAGAUCGACUGGCAGAAGUUUGACCGCCAAGAUAGGACGGGCCUGGAGUAUCAGGGGGUGUUAUGCUUCCCCUUUGACUUAUCGAGCCUCGACUGUAACGUUCAGACACAGUACAACCAUCAUACAUCUCACCCAUUGUAA